AUGUUUAAUGCACGUCCAGUUUUAACGUCAAAUAUUUCACACCCUAUUGAACAAAAAAGCGGUUCACACAUUACACGAUUGUCAAUUACAAAUAACAGUAGUGAUCAUUCUAUCGAUAUGUCAGACGAUGACGACGUUGUUCUACCUAAACCGCCAACGUCGAAUUUAAUGAUUAAUCGUUUAACAUCGAUCAUCGAUGAAUCGUUAACAAAUAUUCAAUAUCUUGUUCAUGACAUUGAACUAAAACGGCGAGAUUCUCAGAAACAAUUAGACAAUGUUCAUAAAACUCUACGAAAUUUAAUUGAUAAAAAGCAGAAACAAUACGAAUCAGAUAUCAAUGAAUAUUUUAAAAAACAUAAUGAAAAUAUUUUAAAAUCAGAAACCUAUUUAAAACAAUUAAAAUUUCAAUUAUUAGAUUUAUGUUGCGAUUUUAACAUCAACAAUUACAAGUAUAUUGAACAAUUGACAAAAACAACCAUUGAAAAAGUAUUCAUUGAACCGAAUAUUUGUAAUAAAUUGACUGAUGCUGAUAAGUUUCUAGAUUUAACAUGGCAAUGUUAUAUUGCUAAAAAUGAUGGACAACAAGAACAAGAACAAGAACAAACUAAUUGUAAAGAGGAAAAUCUCAUUUCAAACAACAGAACCAAUAAUCAUCAUUAUGUGUUGAGUGGCGUCAAAGAAGAAGAUGAAAAAACAUCGACUGGUCCGGAUAGAGAUGCUGAAUAUGACUAUGUUUGUGACAGUGAAGUAAAGCGCAAUCCUUUGAACUGUUCAUCUCAAUAUCGUUUAUCAUAUCAAAAUGCUGUUCGUCUAUCAAGCCGUUCAGACUAUACCGAUUCAUUUGAUAUAUCAUAUCAAAUAAAUCAGUGGUCAUAUGAAUUAGAAUAUGGCAAUUAUUUUAUUUCAUUGAUAACUCCAUAUCGAAGUGAUUCAGUUUUACUCUAUUGUCUUGAUAAAGAGCAAUUUAUUUGUUACUGUACAUCAUCUGUUGAUGAAAUAGCUACAAUCGAAUGGCGUGGAACACGUCCAUAUUCGAUCUAUUGGUGCAAUGAAGUAGAAAUACUAUUUGUUGCUUGUAAAACUUAUAUAUAUGCUUGUAAUCUUAAUUUCUUUGACGAUAAAUAUUAUCAUAAUCGAAUACUAUGUCGGAUACCGAUCGACAAUGGUUAUUCGCAUUCUGAUUCCAGUGGUGAACAAUGUUACCCGCGAUAUUUAACAUCAUUGUCUAAUUCACGUUUAUUGUAUGCAUAUUGGAAAACGAAAUACGAAACAAUUUUAGUUUAUUAUCGAACACAAGACUGGACAAUUAGUUGUCAACAUUUUAUCGAAGGAAGAUGUCGAGCAUUAUGUUCAACAGAUGACGAUAAAUUAGGCUUACUUAUUGAACGUGCCAACGAUUACAAUGAAUAUGUAUUGGAAGUCUAUACUCAAGAAUUUCAAUUGUUAUCGAAAAUUGAAUUGAACAAUGCUUCAUAUCGUUUUUCCAAAGGAUGUUGUUUAACGGCCUCACAUCAGUCGACUUUUUUAUUGACUGACUGGAAAUUACAACAAUUAUGGAAAGUUAAUUUAGAUGGAACAAUUCAAAUUAAACAAUAUAAUGAACCUGUUUAUAAUGCUGUUUGGUUAAAACAAGAACUAUUACUCAUUCUACUUAUCGGCAAUCCAAUACGAUUUGAAUUUUAUAAAAUGAAUUUAACGAACGUAGAUGAUGAAAAAUAUAUAUGUGAACAAGCAAUUGAACAUUUCUUUAUAAAUCUAUUUCCAGAUAUGGAAUCAUUUGAAAUGUAA